AUGGCCGCUUAUCAAGAAUGCAACGCCCGCGUACCUGCGGUGCCCGAGCGCACAACCCAGCAUGCACAGAUCAUUUGCUAUCUCAACGACUCCGGCAAUGAGUACAAUGGCAACCUCGGGGCACGCAUCUCCUCGAUCUUCGUUAUCGGCGGGGUAUCGACAAUUCUGACCUUCUUUCCUGUUGUCGCAAAGCGUGUACCGAAGCUUCACAUUCCGCUCUAUGUCUACCUCUUCGCACGCUACUUUGGCAGCGGAGUUAUCGUCGCGACAGCUUGA